AUGAAUUCAUCGGAAAACGCAGGUUUCAUUUGUAUCGGUAAUUGUAAAUUGAAUGACUUUGAUUUUGCUUUAUUUGAUUACAAUAAAUUACAAUUUAUUAAUAUGAAACAAAAAACAAAAUCUGAAGCUAGAAAUCAUCUAUGGUCUGGUAUUGGAUUCAGACGACCUGGUAUCGAAGAAAUAAUUAAGAAGGGAAAUAAAAUUAGAAAUAAUUUUGAAAAAAAAGAUCAUAAAUUUUUAUAUCAAUGCGUUUAUGAUAAUACCAUAAAUACAAACUCCAUGCAUUUUAUGACCGUUGGUUAUGGAAAUAAAUAUGUAUAUAAAUCAACUUUAGAUUCUCAAGUUGGUAGCCGAUUAAUUAUGGUUACUAGUGAUGAUCCUCUAUUAGUGAAUUCUCAUUUGCCAUUCACAUUGAAAACGCAAUUAAUUAAUAAACGUCAAAAUGAGAUUAACUCGCCUCAUAACCAGAAUAUUGAUAAAAAAUCAGAAUUUCAACAUAUUAUUCAACGUGAAAUUGAUUUAAACUCAAAUUUUGGUAGAUUAUUAUGUGCUAUAUUAUUCUAUCAAGGAUUUGAAAAAUCUCAUGCAAUAAUUAGUGAAAAGCAUGAAUUGGCAAGUUGCGUAUUUAUAAUGAAUUCGAAUAAAUUUAAUUUCGAUCAAAUUUUAGCAAGUCUUGCAAUGUCGAUUAUAGAACGUGAAUACGAUCGUGAAAUUCUAGAAUUUCCAUUAUCAAAACUAUUAGUAAAGCAAAUAGCUAAUGUGAUUGAAAAAGAAAAGAAUAGAACGAAUGAUCAUGAAGUACAAAAUAACGGUUGGUUAUAUUUAUUAAUUCAAGCAGUAUCUGAAUAUAUUGAUAGUAAAUUUUUGAAUUCUUUUCCUUGGUGUAAUAGUACUGACAAAGCAAAACAACGACAUGAAUUAAUAAAAAUUCUAAAUUAUUUACAUUCAUUAUCAACUUAUAAAAUACGAAGAAACAAAAACAUGAAACAAGAAGUACGAAAUUUAAGACUACAAAAAUUAGCAAAUUUACAAUUUCCAGCAGCUGAUAGAAGAGAAAAUUGUGUUCGACCAAUGUCAAAAAUUCUAGCAUGGCAAGAGGAACAAAAAUGGAAUGAUAUACAAUCAUUAUCAGAAUAUUACUUUUAA